AUGUUUAACAAAUAUUUUGCGGUACAGGAGAAAUUAGAGGAAAACGAAAAGAUGCCAUUUGUGUUCAUUGUGCCAAAAGACGAUAGAAAAUGCGUACAUAACGAGUUGAAGAAUCUCAUGAUGGAAUAUCUAGUGACUGACAGAGUCGACAAAGAGCUGAUCAGCAAUUUUAUGUUCCCCAUGGAGAUAGAUGUGGACAGAGUAGGAGAUGUGCUGGUGGACAAAGAGAUUGAGGGCGAUUUUUUUGAUGACACUGGUGCUGUUGCGAUCGAAAGGAUGGAAAAGGGAACAAAUGAGUUUACGACAGCUAAGAAUCAACCGAUAAGCAAGGAAAAAGGGUCCGCGGGCACCACCAACCUGGAGGAUCACAUCAUAAACAAAAUCGAAUCAGAAAUACUAAACAGCGCAUUGAAUACCAGCUGGGAUGACAUAGCCGGGUUGGAAAGUGCAAAGCGAAUUAUAAAGGAGAUUGUGGUGUGGCCGAUGCUCCGACCUGAUCUGUUCACAGGCCUGCGAGGACCACCAAAAGGCAUUUUACUGUUCGGCCCACCGGGUACAGGCAAGACACUCAUCGGUAAAUGCAUAGCAUCGCAAAUCAAGGCAACGUUCUUUUCGAUAAGCGCAUCAUCGUUGGCCUCUAAGUGGGUUGGCGAGGGCGAGAAACUUGUGCGUGCACUUUUUCAUGUAGCGAAGGAAAGGGAGCCAUCUGUUAUUUUUAUUGACGAGAUUGAUUCUCUGCUCUCGCAAAGGACAGAUAACGAGAACGAGAGUGCGCGAAAGAUAAAAACAGAAUUUUUGGUGCAGUUUGAUGGUGCAGGGUGCACAAACAAAGAAAGAAUCCUCAUUAUCGGGGCAACGAACAGGCCACACGAAAUUGAUGAGGCUGCCCGGAGGAGACUUGUUAAAAGAAUUUACGUGCCGCUGCCAGAAGGACAAGCUCGCGUUCAGAUGAUCAAGUCCUUGAUGAAAGAACUUCAAUUUGAUCUUGCUGACGAUGAUUAUGGGGAGAUCUGCGCUGCAACUGAUGGUUAUUCUGGUUCUGAUAUGUUUAAUUUAUGUAGGGAGGCUGCGAUGGAGCCUUUGAGGGAAAUCGAUGACAUUUCUAAGGCAGUCGAGGGCAGCACCAGGAGAAUAGUGAAAAACGAUUUUAUGAAGGCGCUGCAGCAGAUAAGGAAAAGCGUAUCCAAGAACGAUCUCAAGGCCUACGAGAAGUGGAACGAUGAUUACGGGUCAAAAUAGCGUAGCAUUUGUAAACGUACAGCAUAUUAUUUUUGAUUGACCAAAAAGCCAUGAUGAACCGUUCGUGCCCAUUUUAGACCGAGAACCAGAAUAAAUGAAUUUUUUUCAUG